AUGGUAAUGAAGGGAAAACCCUCGUUUAUGAAGAAAAAAAAAUCGAAAAACUCAAAAGCGAGCAAGUCGAAGGCGACGGUCCGUUCGACGGUGGUCUCGACACGAACCAAGAAUAAUAAGACGGUUUUGAGUGAACAGGAUAAGAAGCAUGUCCGCUGGGCUUACAGUAUCCUGAUGCGUGUUCUAGAGAGUGGAAAGCAUCCAGACAACGAAUUGACUCGCGUUAUUCCGCCCGAUGAAUGUAUGAAUUUUCUGGCUCAAGUUCGAACGGUAUUUUGGAAGCAAGCGUCAAUGGUUGAACUCACUGCACCGAUCAAUAUCUGCGGUGACAUUCACGGACAGUUCAGUGAUCUCUUACGGCUUUUCGACAAAAACGGAUUCCCGCAUCGAGCGAAUUAUUUGUUUCUUGGAGACUAUGUGGAUCGUGGGAAACAUUGUCUCGAGACGAUACUCCUCCUUUUUUCGUACAAAAUGAUUUUCCGCAACCACUUCUUCCUUCUCCGUGGAAAUCACGAAUGUCCCAACAUCAAUAAGCAGUACGGAUUCUAUGAUGAGGUGGUUCGUCGUUAUAAGAAGCCUGGUGUCUGGUUUGCGUUCCAACAAGUGUUCACACAUAUGCCGUUGACUGCUCUCGUCGGGGGAAAGAUUUUGUGCAUGCAUGGAGGCAUUUCGAAACAGAUGAACAGUCUUCAAGACCUUCGUAUCAUUCGCCGCCCAUUCGACAACCCGCAAGUCGGCACCCUCGCUAUGGAUGUUCUCUGGAGUGACCCAUCGAAUUUCGAAAAAGAUUAUGGACCGAACUCGCGUGGUGUCUCCGUAGUCUUUGGCAAACACGCUCUAUGGAAAACGCUGAAAAAGCUGAAAAUCGACAUGGUCGUUCGAGCUCAUCAAGUCGUUCAAGACGGCUACGAGUUUUUCGCGAAUCGUCGUCUCGUCACUAUCUUCUCGGCUCCGUUCUACUGUGGACAGUUUAAUAAUGCGGCGGCGGUGAUGCAAGUGAGCAGACAACUCGUGUGCUCGUUUGUGGUGCUCCGCCCGAGAAAGAAGGUGGCAAGACGUCGGCUGAUGCCUGCAAAGUGA